UCUCCAAAGCAACAGGCGAGAAGAAGAAGGAAGAACCACAAAAGCGAGGGGCAACUUUUUUUUUUAUUGUUGUUGAAAAGAUCUAGAAAACUUCCAAAGAUGCCAAACGUGGCGGUUUCUCAGACGGAUCACUUGCGAGGGAAGUGAUUUUCCUUUUCCUUUGAGGAGAAAACAGGAGGGAGGACGCGCGUUUUUUUUUUUCUUCUUUCUUUUCUUUUUCUUUUUUUCUGCUUCUUCUCUCCUCUUUGCCGUAUGAGACGUCAAAAAUUCCCCGUCGGUGUUCACAGAGCAGGCGCCUCGGAGCUGGGAGCUUUGUGAUCUGCAUGUGCCCGGGUCUCUGUGGAGGCCAGUGAAGGAUGCCAGGAUGCCCUCUCUGAUCGCCCGUCUGCUUGUCAUCUGGCUGAGCGUCCACAGGCUGGUGUGGUGCACGGAGCGCUCCUCCACACGGGAGCGCUUCAAGGUGGUCAUCGCGCCGCUCAUCUGCAAGCGGAUCUGCCUGAAGGGACAGUGUCAGGAUACCUGCGAGCAGGGCAACAACACCACGCUGAUCGCCGAGAACGGGCAGGCGGCCGACACGCUCAUCGGACAGGGCUUCAGGGUCGUUGUGUGUCCCCUGACAUGUAUGAAUGGAGGAGUAUGCAGCUCAAGGAAGCACUGCCUGUGCCCUCCGGGCUUCACCGGUCGGCUCUGCCAGUUUCCACUCCAGCAGAUGCGGCAAGCUCAGGCAGCGCGAGGCAACAAGCAGCCUGUGUACCCCGUACCUUUGAAGCCAGACGGCCAGAAAUUCGUGGAGCAUUCAGGCAUUGGGAGGACGCAGUUGACGCAAACACACUCAGUUUUCACCCUGCCUUUGUCACAAGUUGGGCACCACUCAUCAGAAGUGCAGAUUAACGUACGUGUCCACCACACGCCGGACACUUCCGUAGUCAUUCAACCUCUGGACACGUCAGAUAUCAAACCUCCCCACAAGACGGGGCCUCGUCUGAUCCCAUCCAGACACAAACCAAAGGGGCGCUGCUUCCAGGAGACGACGCCCAAACAAGCCUGCAACAGCACCCCGCUACCCGUUCUGACCAAUCAGGAGGAUUGCUGUGGCAGCGUGGGGAAUUCGUGGGGACAGAACAAGUGUUAUCAGUGCCCCAAACUACCAAAUGCAUCAGUCAAACAGACCAUUGUGGAAGACUACGGCUCCACCUGUCCGCAGGGCUAUAAAAGAUUCAACAGCACUCACUGUCAAGACAUCAACGAGUGCUCCAUACGGGGCGUCUGUCAGAACGGAGACUGCCUGAACACACUGGGCAGCUUCAAAUGUUCCUGCAAGUCUGGUUUUGUCUUGGAGAGGAAUCAGUGCAUUGAGUCUCCAGCUGAGCAGGCUCAGUGCUUCCGCAUAGCAUCCGAUGCCAGGGGCUGCGAGCACCCGCUGCAAACCGACAUCACCCAGGAGAUGUGCUGCUGCACGGUGGGCAAAGCCUGGGGCCGUAACUGUGAAAGAUGUCCUCAGGUGGGCACAGUGGCCUUCAGUAAGAUCUGCCCCGCUGGGAAAGGCUACUUUCUGCAAAACAGAAGAGAAACCGUGGCCCUUCCCUCCAUCAUCUUCGCCCGCACGCCUGACCUGGAAGAACCAGAACGGGUGGAGUGGCCUCCAGUGACGACGACUGCUGUGCAGCAGGCUCCGACCAGCACCAGCAGUCCUCGAGUUCCUGUUGUUAAACCCACCCCUCCGACUAUCGUCCGAGUCAUCCCGGGCAAUGACCCCUUCGAAACACAGACAAAAGUCUUCCCAGAGACAGAUGAAUGUAGGCUAAGCAGAAACAUUUGUGGUCACGGAGAGUGUGAGAACAGCCUGAACGGCCACAUCUGUCACUGUCACCCUGGCUACCAUCUCAACCCGCAGAGGAACAUCUGUGAGGAUGAUAAUGAAUGUGAGUCAGAGCCGUGCGGCCACGGCAGAGGCUACUGCGUCAACACAGAAGGAGGCUACAAAUGCCACUGUCGCCAGGGCUAUAAACACAUGGUGCAGCACGGAAGGCUUAAGUGCAUUGAUGUGAACGAGUGCUCUAAGCAGGACAUCUGUGGUGUCGGAGGCCAGUGUGUGAACCUUCCUGGUUCUUACAAAUGUGAAUGUCACCCUGGAUUUAGGAGCAAAUCACACCGUCACCCAGCCUGCGAAGACAUAAAUGAGUGUCUGAGUCCCGACACUUGCCCCAAUGAGCAAUGUGAGAACACACCGGGCUCCUAUGAGUGUGUUCCCUGUUUGCCUGGUCAUGAGGCUCGAGCUGGAACCUGCUAUGACAUUAAUGAGUGUCAGAAGCCUGGCAUUUGUCCUAACGGCCGCUGCGAGAACCUGCCCGGUACUUACCGCUGCCUGUGCAACGAGGGCUUCCUCCCGUUUGCAGACAGCAAAGGUUGCAGUGACAUCGAUGAAUGCGAGGACGUUCGGCUGUGUGCUUAUGGACGCUGCAUCAAUACCGACGGCUCCUUCAAGUGCCACUGCUACCCGGGAUACCAGCGCACACAGGAGGGCAGCCACUGUGAAGAUAUCAAUGAGUGUGAGAGGCCAUCUAGCUGUCUGAAGGGCCGGUGUAUCAACAGCAUGGGUUCAUACCACUGUGAGUGCCAGAAGGGAUACACGCUGGUCGGAAGCAGAGGAUGCCAAGACAUCGACGAAUGUGCCGCAGACAGAAGUCUCUGCCAGCCCUACGGCUCUUGUGAGAACAGACCGGGCUCGUAUGUGUGCGUCUGCAAUCACGGUUACGUCCUCUCAGAGGACAAACACAGCUGUGAGGCAGUGCGAGUGCUGACGGAUGAGAAGAAGGAGUGCUACCUGAACCUGGACGACACUGUGUUCUGCGACAGCGUCCUGGCAACCAACGUCACCAAGCAGGAGUGCUGCUGCUCCAUUGGAGUUGGAUGGGGGGAUCACUGUGAGAUCUACCCCUGCCCAGUUUCCCACUCAGCCGAGUUCCACUUCCUUUGUCCAAAUGGACAAGGUCUCUACUAUGAAGAGGGAUUUCAGUACAGCCUGCCUGCCUACCACGACAUUGACGAGUGUUCCUUGUUUGCUGAUGAAAUCUGUAAGAAGGGUCGCUGUGAGAACACACUGCCAGGAUAUGAGUGCUACUGUCAACAAGGCUUCUACUAUGACAGCAACCUCCUCGAGUGCAUUGAUGUUAACGAAUGCCACGAUGAAUCUCUGUGUACUAACGGUCAGUGCGUCAACACCGAGGGCUCCUUCUACUGCUACUGUAACCGGCCCUGGACCCCAGACUCCAACAUGAAGAAGUGUGUGAUGGUGACAGUAGCAGAUGUAAACGAGUGUGAGGACCCAGAAAACUGUAAGAACGGCCUCUGUGUGGACACGCCAGGGUCGUACUACUGCAUCUGCUCUCCACCCUGGACUCUGGCUACUGACCGUAACAGUUGCGUGACUCCUGAGGAGCAGGCUGAUGUGAAUGAGUGCCAGGACCCCUCGUACUGUAAGAAUGGGAGGUGUGAGAACACGCCCGGCUCCUUUCACUGUUUUUGCGACCCUCCCCUCACCUUCAGUGCAGCGCUGAAACAGUGCGUCUAUGACGAUCGCACUGCAGCCCACAAGGAUGUGUGUUUCCUGCAGGUUGACGAGGGUUCCAUGUGCAGCCAGGCCAGAAACGGCAUGGUGGUGACGUAUUCAGAGUGCUGCUGCCACUACGGUCGAGGCUGGGGGCCCGAGUGUAACACCUGUCCACCCAGGAACUCAGAGAUGUUCAGUCGUCUGUGUGAGAUGCACCUUGAGACCGAGUCCGAUGGGGAGCAGGAUUUCCUGGCAGCUUUCGCCAACUACAACCCAGGUGACAGUUCAGAAGAGGAUUCAGACGAGUGCAGCUGUGCAAAUGGUCGCUGUGUCCGUUCCUAUCUAGGCACCAUGUGUGAUUGUAACCCAGGCUUUAGGCUAGACCACUCCCGUACCCGCUGUAUAGACAUUGACGAGUGUGCAGAACCAGGAGCCCGUGUUAGUCCGUGCAAGAACGCCCGCUGUGUGAACACCGCCGGCUCAUACAAGUGCUUCUGCAAACACGGCUUUGUGGCCACACGCAGGCCAAACGUAUGCGCCCGGCGCAGAACUCGGUAACCUCCGUGUGUCACUCUGUUUAUCCCAGUCUAUGCAGCACACUCAAAGUCUCCCCUGUACAUGCUGUACGUACACUUCUCUUUCAUAGUACAAACAUGGGACUGUUUGUACGCAGUGAACCUAAAAAACAUGUGUUCUCAUCAGGAGCCACAUCAUAGCAACGGCUCAUAUGAAAUGUACAAAACAUAUCACCGUCAGCUCCUCUUCCACUCGCCAUUUCACAUUUUUUUAAAAAAGUACUCAAUAAAGACAAGAAAUAUGGUUGUUUAUUUGUUUGUUAAACGUUUUUUGUAAUUAUUGUCUUUUUUAAAAGCUGUUUUUGUAGUUUAAGUUUAAAAUGUGCAUUUUUUUGUGAUCUCCCUGUUGCAUUGAUCUUAAUUUGAAUCUCAAGCAAACUCUUGGUUUAACAGGGAAAUACAAAGAUCUCUAUGGUAUGACUGUUGUCUUCAGCCCAUUUAAUAUUUGUAUACCAUAGGAGUGAACUUUUACAUGAUGCGGAUUCCCCUUUACAUUCCCAUUUAAUCCGCAUUGCUUCAUGUUUAAAUCUAAAUCAGCUAAAUUGUUUUUUUCUAGCCACACUUUGUUGAUUUUAUUGUAUUGUACAGUUUGUUCAGCAGAAGGGUCCCUGUCCUGCCCCUGUUUAUUUGUUGAUGUAAAAUAUGAGAAACCCGAGGUUUUUGUAUAAUUUGACAUGUGCACCUAAGUGUACUUAAGCAAGAUUUGUUUUGUUAAAAAAAAGUUCAUGCACUAAGCAAUGAAUAUAGUGGGAAUAUUUGCUAAAUGUAGCUUUUUUUCUGGAAAACCAAGAACGUUUAACAUCUAUUGUCAUAAUUGCUGCAUCAAAGUAUUUAGAAAACCAAAGACGCUGUUGUGAUAAGAAGAAUUUAAUUAAAAAAAAGAACGUGUCAACCAGUCGUGCAUUUGUUUCUCUUGUGUUUUGGAGGCAAUACGUUUUGAAGAAAGGUGAUAGUGAUGCCCUUAGUUCAGACAGACACAUCCAGACAGUGAGGCACAGAGUCCUCCAGGUUAAGAAGUUAUGCAGGUCUGUGCUGUGGAUGAUUCAGUGUUGCCUUUCAAGCACACCUAGAAAGCAAAUAAACCCGGCACACAGCAAGGUUUCCAUACAUCUUCUAUUAGAUUUACUUCUAUGCUGUUUUGCUUUCUCCGUCAAUAUACAAAUCUGUGACAUUCAUAAACUUGUUUUUUGCUUUCUUUUUCCACAGAUUUUGGCUGGUUAACAUGCUGGUUUGGAUACAUUUGCAUAUUUAAAGGCGUUCUUUGGCCGCUUCACGCGUAGUACUGAAUUAAUAUUUCAAACCAGAUGUUUUGCAGCAUCAAGACGCAUUUUGUUUUUGUUUUCAUAAACAGAAAGGUUUCGAGUAGUAAAAUGGGAGUCAUUUUGCUGCUCCUUCGGUGCUGCAAAUUAUUCCCCACAGAUGUUUGUGCAACCAGACUGUUGCUGUAACCUUUUUAAAACCCACCAAUAAACUAGGAUUUUCUUGAAUCUAAAAUCUGGCUGCUAUUCUCGAAGAUAUCUAUGAUCAUCAAGUGUAAUUACUUAUUUAUUACCAUGGCAGACAAAAACAAGUUCCUGCAAGAUCUGCAAAUAUACAGUGAUGUAGGUAAAGAGCACAAUUCAUGAGGAUAAGUUGUUCAAGAAGGCUAAAGCUCUUUUCACUGGACCUAAAUAUCCCCCCAGACCUUGUUAUACCAGUGUUUGGGACUGUCAGGCCUGUAUCUUGUAUCAUCUGCUAAGAAUAUCUGAGUUAAUUCUGUUGCUGCUACAAAAAUACCUCCAGAUUCAAAUCCUCCCCCUUUUUUUAAUGACACUUGUAAACUGCCCGACGAAGAAAGUUAAAUGUGUUUUGUUUUGUUUUAUGGAAAAUGUUAACCUUGAAUGUUUAAUCUCCAUUUAAUUCUACUUAAUUGCAAGUGUAAUCCAGUUCAGCAGGUCAUGCAAACAUUAAAUGUAGCAAAAAUAAAUUCAACAUGUGCUGGUAGUAGAAGAGCUACUUCAAAAAUAAAUGGAUGAUUCACUUUGUUUAUAGAGAGUUGUAAUUGCAUGUGUUUAACCGGCUUCACUCGACGGCCACAAAAAUCCAAAUGAACGACUGAUAAAAGUUUAACUGAGGCACAGAAAUACAGUGUUAAAGAAAGGGAUAAUAAAGCUGUAGGAAAUCACAUUUUGUUACUGUGUCCAGUUUUCACUGACCUCAACAGAGCAAAUCAUUCUGAACUCCUUAUAGUCGACUGAAUUGAGGAUGGUCAGAACCUCAGAAAUGUACCUUUGAAUGUUUUUUUUGAAUAACAUUUCAUUUUUUCUUUAUCAGACAAAUACAACAGUAAGAAAAUACAUUAAGUACAUCAGUUGUGGAGAUUCAACUUGAAGUAAAAUGCUCAUGGAGAGGUGCAAAUGGGACAAAGACCACAAAGCCCGCUGCCUGUAUCAGCUACCUGAAGAACAGCGCCAUCUUGUGGCUUCUUGGUGUUACUAUAAUUCCUACAUAGAACACAAGCAAUGCUUUGUGAAAGUUACUGUAAAAAGUCACCAGAUAUUUUACAUCAGAGGAAGUGGAGCUUGAAUAGUAGAUGAGGACACAGUCAGAGGUCAGCAUGAGCCGGCCAACUGGGGUUUGAGAUUUAUUUUGCUUUCUGUUUUAUAUUAAAUAUUUCAAUCUUGUUUGGCUUCAUCUCAUCUAUUGUCUGAAUUUGCUUCCAGCUGUUUUUGUUUUGAAAUCAGGUGAACUCAUUUCCAUUUUCUUUUAUUCAGUUGUGUUUUGUUGUUUAUUGUUCUUUUGUAAUUGUAAAAAUACAAUGUGUCUUGAUCAUACGUUCUUAGAUAUGAACUGGACUUCAUUAAAUUCUGCACGCCUGAGUGACAAA